AUGAGGCUUACCAAGGAAGUCCCUGAUUUUGAAGAUAGCCCUGGUCAGGCAGAAAGGGGAAUUAGGGAGGGCCCGAGGCCCCCCAGUGAGCUGUUCGGGAAGUCCAGAAGGCUGCAAAGCCGGCUGAGGCUUGCCAGGUGGCUGCAGAGAAUUAGCCCUAGUCCCUACAAGGGGAGCUGGAGCCCGGCCAUCCAGGCAGUGCCUGAACCAGGUCCAGGCAACUGGGCCAAGUCCCCGAGGCUGUCCCUGGGACCAGAAGGCAUAACCGGAGGGAAGCAUGGAUUUAAAUUCCAGGACAGAAGACAAAAGCUCGUCAGAUCUAAGAAGAAGAAGCCGAAAAUGACUUUUUGUAAAUGA